AUGCGGAGGCACGUCUAUGCUUUGACGCGGUAUGUGGGAUCUUGCGUAGCCCACCGACGGCGCCCCAGCAGGCCCAGGAGCCCAAUUUGCGUAUCUCAGAGCGGGGCUCGCAGCUUAUUGAAGACGUCUGGUGUUAUCAGCGCGGCUUCGACACGUCGCGCCACAGGAUGCGUUGUGCCGUUUACGGUGGUAGAGGAUAAACCGACAGGCCGGCAGCGGCGAUUUAUCGCGUGGCCAGGGGGGUUGUGCGACGAAAAGGAUUACGAAGCUCAGGUUCCCCUGGGGCAUAUUUCCCAGAAUGUGACUGUGGAUUUUGACGAAACAUCGACACUGCUUUAUUUAAAGGCUUCUUUUUCCCAAGUCGCUUUGCCAAAGGCCGGGCAUGCAAAUUUUCGGUGUCGGACAGAAUAUGGCGAGCACGUUGAAGUAGCUCGCCGCCCGAUGGGAAAAAAAAUGUGGUUCUGA